UUUUAAAAAUGACUUCUGAAAGUAUUUUUGAGCCUAGUCAAUUGUUAACAAUACUUCAACAACGAGAAACUUUUCAAAGUAAUGAGCUUGCUGAGCAAUUAAAUAUUGAUCAUCAAAAAAUUGUUGGAGCAAUAAAAAGUUUGCAGAGUCAUGAGGAGUUGGUAGAUGUAAAAGAAAUCAAAAUAUCAAAACUUCAAUUGACACCAGAAGGAGAACAAGUUUUGGCUGAGGGAUCUCAUGAAUAUAGAGUUUUUGAUUUGGUUGGGGAACAGGGUGUUCCUAAAGCGAUUAUUGAUAAAGAAUCUUUUGGACCCAUUGGUUUUGGAAAGGCAAUAUCUGCUGGUUGGAUAACUACAGAAGUCAAAAACGGAGUUAGUUUGGUCGUUAGAAAAGCGAAACUUGUUGAAGACAAAGCUAGGCAUGAGCUUAAACAAAUAAAAGAAGGAAUGCAUAAGUUGGAUACAAAAACUAUUGGAAAUUUGAAAAAGAGAAAAUGGAUAAAUGAAAUAUCUGUCAAGGCGUUGAUUGUCUCUAAAGGUGCUAAUUUCAAUGAGAAUUUGUCUAAACCUGAAUUGGAUUUGACAACUGAAAUGAUUUCAACGGGUUCUUGGCGGAACAAAAACUUCAAAAAAUACAAUUUUGAAGCAAUGGGAAUAAUUCCCCAAUCUGGCCAUUUACAUCCUUUACUCAAAGUUAGAGCUGAAUUUAGAGAUAUUUUCUUUCAAAUGGGAUUUUCUGAGAUGCCAACAAAUAAAUUUGUGGAAUCUUCCUUUUGGAAUUUUGAUGCUUUAUUUCAACCACAACAACACCCAGCUAGAGAUUCUCACGAUACUUUCUUUUUGACAGAACCAGCAAUUUCUACUGAAUUUCCUAAAGACUAUGUUGAGCGUGUUAAAAAAGUGCAUUCUGAGGGUGGAUAUGGAUCUCUAGGAUACAAGUAUGAUUGGAACAUCAAAGAAGCUCAAAAAAAUUUACUACGAACACACACAACAGCAGUUUCAGCAAGACAAUUAUAUUCACUUGCUAAAAAGGGUUUUGUGCCAACAAAAAUGUUUAGUAUUGAUAGAGUUUUUAGAAAUGAAACUUUGGAUGCUACCCAUUUAGCUGAAUUUCAUCAAGUUGAGGGAGUCGUUGCAGAAAAAAAUCUUUCUUUGGCACAUGUUAUUGGACUUUUUACUGAAUUUUUUAGGAAAUGUGGAAUAGAAAAUCUUCGUUUUAAACCAACAUACAAUCCAUAUACAGAACCUUCUAUGGAAAUAUUUGCUUAUCAUCAAGGAUUAAAGAAAUGGGUAGAGAUUGGAAAUUCUGGAAUGUUUAGACCUGAAAUGCUUUUACCAAUGGGUUUGCCUGAUAAUGUUUGUGUUGCUGGUUUUGGAUUGUCUCUUGAAAGGCCAACAAUGAUUCGCUAUGGAAUUUCAAAUAUUCGAGAGCUUUUUGGACACAAAAUUGAUCUUCAAAUGGUCUACAAUAAUCCGAUCUGUCGACUUGAUGUAAAAGAAUAA